CCCCUUCACCUCUUCAGGUUCACUGUGAGUCUCUUGAACAUUACAUUAUGGUUUCCACAUGUAGCUUUGGUGAACUGAAGCAUAUGCUGAUGCCAGUAAUCACCUAUAAUAACACAGAAAAUGUAGAAAGACCCAAGUGUUUGCAUUUGUGCACACAGCUAUUGACUUACUGAAGAGGGCUAUAGUAGAUAUUAUUACAAUACUGCUUAGUAUCCAGAAGUGAAUUUGAGAGAGAGCAGAAUAUUGUGGCAAGGUUGGGGGGAAGCACAAUUUAAAGCUCUUUGAGCAAUUUGCAUUUACAGUAUAUUACUAAGACCUAUAUGAUUUUUAAUUCUAAGGCAAACACAUGGUGGCAGAAAUGCAAUGAAAUAUAUUUCUUUUAAAAACGAGAACUGCGUGGGCUCAUUAGUUGUAGUGGCGUUCAGGGACCAGAGGCCUGUGAAACUAAACAUACAGAAGAGUUGCUUUAUGAGCAUAAGUUGGUAUUUUCAUUGCCUUAUAUUUGUUUAAAUGUAAUAAGAUGAAAAUGUAGAAAUAUAACACCAACUCUCAGAGCAAACCACAUGUCAUGCCAUCUCACUUCUAUGGCAACAUAAAUGUCUCAGUUCCUACUGGGGCAUGUCUCGCUAAUGUUUAUUUGUUCUGUCUUUGUCAUGGAGAAGUCUGCGAAAUAUACCUUACUACCGUCCACAUCCACGUCAUUGCCACGGUGCCAAAGACGAGCAUUCACAUCAAUGAAAAGGUGACGCGCUCCGCAGCGACGUGUGUGCCCCUGUGUUCCGUUUGGUGUGCGCGCUCCGGCUGCGCUGCCGCAGCAAUCAGGUGCUGACAUGUACUGUAUCUUAACUUAACACAGGCAGGCUCUGCUGGAGAACAUGGGUCGACAUUGGAGAAAAGACGGAAAAUGAUGUCGACGAUCAACCCACUGAAAUAGACCAACCCGGAUCCGCAGCAAUGAGCUCCUCUUUUCCAAAAUCUGAAUCUACGACCUCUUUACUGAAAUCAUCCUCGGCGACGACGAAGAGAACGACACACCUCCCUGAACGUGCAGCCGAAAGCCGGAGAAGUCAGCAUCACCAUCAGCAUCAGCACCAACAUCAGCACCGUCCCGCCGCACUACAGAACAACAGAAAAGCCGAGGAGUCCUUCUGGUCAGCCGAGGGUGACAUCAGUGCCCGGAGACCCUUGUGCCACCCCUCCCUCAUCGGCGCCCAGGACAGUAGUAAUAAUGCAGCCACGCGGGGCAAGUGUAAAUCACAUGCCCCUCAUAGCCAAGUUCCAGACCCGCAGGAGUCAAUCGGCGAGGCGGGCCGAGGUGUGAGGGAGCGCUGCAGGUCAUCCAAGCCCACACACCGACACCACCACCGCAGGAAGCACAAUCGGGAGGACCGUCCGCCGGCAGCAGGACCACCUGAACCAGAGCAUCCACGUCACACGCACACCCGCCCGGUCCCCAGGGCGCUCUCAUUGUCGGACAGCAACGACGACAGAGCUCCUCUCUGUGAGACGAGCGACCAUAAGGGGGCCAGUUCGGCAAAUAGCUGCGGUCAGGUCAGCAGUCCAUCCAUCUCUUCAUGCUCCCUGGUCCCGCUGUCCAGCAGGUCCUCUCGCCGCUCCCGAAGGUCCAGUGCUGCUUCUUCUGCUUCUGAUAUCAAUUUACGCACCAUCCUCAAUUCACUGUUUGGACAGGACAGAGAGCUGCGGCCAGAAGAAAUGGAUGAAUUACGGGAUGCAUUCAAAGAGUUUGACAAGGACAAGGAUGGUUUCAUCAGCUGUAAGGACUUAGGAAACUGUAUGAGAACCAUGGGAUACAUGCCCACUGAAAUGGAGCUGAUUGAACUGAGCCAGCAGAUAAACAUGAACUUGGGAGGUCAUGUUGAUUUUGAAGAUUUUGUAGAGUUGAUGGGCCCAAAACUCCUCGCUGAAACCGCAGACAUGAUAGGAAUAAAAGAGCUAAAAGAUGCAUUUAGAGAGUUUGACACUAAUGGGGAUGGUGCCAUAAGCACAACUGAGCUUCGAGACGCAAUGAGGAAGCUGUUGGGCCAGCAGGUGGGUCUAAAGGAGGUGGAAGAUAUCCUAAGGGAUGUUGACUUGAAUGGUGAUGGGCUUGUGGACUUUGAAGAGUUUGUGCGGAUGAUGUCUCGCUAAGACCAUAAAAUGGUCCUGAAUGUGAAGCUGUGUUCUUCUCUAUACUUGACCAAG